AUGCUCUUCAUACCCGCUUUAGUUUCGGCAUUAUUCCUCUCAGCUAUGGGCGUCCAUGGUAGUAGUCAAUGCGCCAUUUGGAAGCAAAAGUCGGGAAGCGCCCUGCAGACGACUGCUCAAAACAUCGCGGGUUCUCCUGGAAGUUCCGUCGGAGCCUGCGGUGUCUCCUAUGCUGAAGGGACCCGUUUUGUUAUGCUUUGGAACGCUUUGAAUAGUAAUGUGCAGCGACCAGCUGGUUCGACUCCUGGUUGGUUGACUGGGGCUACCAAACAAAAUUGCGGGAAGCAAGUUAAGGUUACCGCUAAUAACAAAAGCGUUAUCGGAGUUGUGGUCGAGUCCGGAUCGUUUUCUCAGUCACCACUUGGCGAAAAGAUCGGUUGCUCAAGCAUAUCUAUCAGUAAUCAGAUGAUGACCGAUCUAGGCGCUCAUGGAGGUGUCAAGCUUCCAGUCACGUGGGAAUUUGUGGGCGCUCCCUUUUAA